ACGCAAUCUUCGUGUUGAGUGCAAACCUAUCCCAUGUCGGGUAUUGUAGGGAAGUUGAAAGGCGACGACAUUGUCCGCUUUGGGUCAAGUUCGCACGGAUUUAUUUUUAGACCACUCCCAAAAAAUCCUCAAACUAAUUGGUAUUGAACAUGAAUUAUACACCUUUCAACUUUCCUUCAAUAUCCGAUAUUAGAUGGGUUUAUAGUCAACACUUGACAAUGAUAAUAUUAUAAAUUCAAGAGUGGUUUUCCCUCUGCUAGUCUGCUAGACACCCACAAAAUCAGCCAGCAUCAAAGUCUGAAGAACUUCAUGGAAGGUAUAUAAGAAAUUAUAUUUAUGAUAAUAAAUUAAUGGUAUGAAAUAUAUAAAAUUCAUUGCUUUCGUGACAUAAUUUUAUUUGUGUUGCAUUUCAGAUUUUUUUGGCACCAUUAUUUUUUCUUUUCGCUCUUCUCACUAUUCCGUUUUGAAAAUUUAUUAUAGUAUGAUUUCAGUCGGUCGUCAAGCAGUUUCAUGCAUACCAUAUAUUUAUACUCAGUUAUUUAAUUGAUCUCUAUAUGUCGAAUUUAUAUAUUACAGUAAAUUAUAUAUGGUUGAAUUAAAGAAGUAUAGUUUUUUUAAGAACAUCAAUCGUGUAAUUAAUAUACAAAAUGUUUUACAGAAAGGUAUGCAUAAUUACGUUAUGUAAGGUAGUAAUUAUGAAAAUAUAAGUAAAAUAUUAUACAGCAAUUUAUUCCGUGGAAUUACAGAAAAAGGAGUUUGUGAUAAGUAUGAAGUUUAUGGAUUAACAUUACAGCAAUUUAUUGCGUGGAAUUACAGCAAUUUAUUUAUUUAUAUAACCAGAAUAUUUGUGCACUGAAAUAUGUAGAAAUUACACCAUGAAUUGACACAGAUGAAUUUCGGUAUUAUCGAAUCGUGAUGAAGAAAAUAUAUGGAUUUGUUUGUAAUCUAUUUUUGUUAGUAUUAUUUUUACAACAAAUUACUUGAGAAUGAAUGAAUAAUUGUAUAGUGGGCAUAACAUUGUCUAAUUAGGACUCCAAUUAUUAAUAGUAUUACAAACACGGAAUACAAAUAGUGAAUAUUUUUCUCUGAUUUAAUAUUCUGCAUAAUACACAUCAAAUUUGAUUAAAAUCGAUGCAUGAAUAUUUCUUUAUAGAGCACACAAAUAUUUUGAAUAUAUUCAGCAUUUUGCUCUAAUACCAAAUACACGGUCUCUAUUCAACAUUUAUUCAAAUACUUAAAUAAUUUUAGCAACAUAAUUUUACUUGCAAAAGAAUGACAGUAGUAUUAUAUAUUAGUAUCAUGUUGUUCCCCAAAUAUAAUUUUGGCAAUUUUUUUGGCUGAAUAAUUAAAUAACUAUUCCUUGAAGAUAAGAUAACCAUUAUGUUGUUUUAGAAUAAAGUUUAUAUCUUUUGUGAUAUUAAACUAGCUGGUCAACUUGAAUGAUAAAUUACAUGAAAAAGAAAACUACAAAAUGGCAAAAAUGGUGGUGUGCAAUAACUCCAUUGCGUGUAGUACAUAUUUCAAAACUGUUAAAGUGCAUGGUGCCGCUAUGCAGCAGAAGCUAUCAUUCCCCAACAAGCAUGGUGAGAAGCUUGUUGGCAUACUACACGACACUGGCUCUUCACACCUUGUUAUUCUCUGCCAUGGUUUUCGAUCUUCAAAGAAUGACAAGAUCUUGGUGAGUAUUGCUGAUGCUUUAGAAAAAGAAGGAAUCAGUGCUUUUCGCUUGGAUUUCUCCGGAAAUGGGGAAAGUGAAGGUUCUUUCCAGUUUGGUAACUACUCAAGAGAGCUUGAAGACAUAAGAUCUGUGUUUGAGUACUUCAUUGGAUCGAACCGCUCCCCAGUUGCAGUUGUUGGUCAUAGUAAAGGCGGGGAUGCUGUCAUUCUGUAUGCAUCUAAAUAUCACGAUAUACCUGCUGUGGUGAAUCUUUCUAGUCCUUCCGAUCUCCUAAGAGGAAUGGAGGACCGGUUUGGUAAAGAUAUCUGGAAUAGACUCACAAAGGAUGGAUAUGUGGAUGUUAUAUCCAAAGCAGGUGAAUGGGAAUACCGUCUCACUGAAGAAGGCAUGAGGGAGCGACUGAAUACAGACAUGCGUGAAGCCUGCCGUUCAAUUGAUGUGAACUGCAGGGUGCUGACAGUGCACGGGACAAAAGAUGAGGUUAUCCCGGUUGGAGAUGCAUAUGAGUUCGCCAAGAUGAUACGAAACCACCAGCUGAAAAUCAUACAAGGAGCCAACCAUGGAUACACUUCACAUCAAGAAGAGAUGGUCUCAGCUGUCCUGCCUUUCCUUAAGGAGUGCAUGAGCCGGGCCUCCACUCAGGUUUCAUCAUGUGGAGGGCAGUGAUCACAUCUUUUGUUCCAGAAAAGACUUAUGCAACUUUGAACAUUUUAAAUUUGAAGAAAAUAGGAUUAUGAUGUAUGUUUAUGGUUGUUUAUGUUCACAACAGUUUUCUAAGCCAAACAUCUGAUUUUCAAUUUGUCUUAGUAUUUUCUUACCCAAUGAAGCUGUUUAUUGUUUUUGAGUUAACAGUGUUACAGUGGUGAA